UCUGGUUUAUAUUUCGCUUUGUAACACUGACGUGUCUAUUUGUGAUUAAAAGCGUAUUUUAUAAAAAUAACAUCACGAAAAUUGCUUACUUACUAGUUUUCCUAAUGUUCAAUAGUAUUAUUUAUCAGAAAUUUAGCAAAUGAAUUAUGAUAACGCUUAAUACCGAUUGUAUUAAUAUUUAUCUUCAAAGUUAACCUUAAAAUACGAAGAAUGUUAUGGAAUAUUCACUGAAGUAUUAAUAAAGUUUUUAUAUUGAAGUCAAAGUGUGUAGUGUUAAAAUGGGCAUUAAAUUAGUGUUUUUUAUUAAUAUCAUCACCGGCUUAUUUUCAUAUAAUUUAUUUGAAGCAGCUCCUAUUAUAGAAAGUACUCUAAUUACUCACAGUAUUGCUAAUGACUCUAAUACUUGUGCAAAUAAGUCUGUUAUAUAUCAAUCAAAAUAUCUGCAACAAGCGUGCAACAUUAGUUUUCCAGAAGCAUCGAGUGAUAUAAAAAAUACUACUAAUAUUAAUCCAUAUUUGUGCACUACUUUAUACGACCAAAGCGUAAAAGUUUGCCAUUUAUACACUACUGAAAAAAAAGAAUUAUUCAAUCAGACAAUUUUUGAUGAAGAAAUAAAUAAAACUAUUACUAACAUUACUAAAUUGCUAGAAGUAUGUGCAAUUCGAGGAAAUAAUUUAAUAUUGGAGUACAAUAAAACAAAACCAUUCGUAGAUAAACUUAACAAUUAUUUUAAAAAUCCAAAAAAUUGUGCAGAUCGAUGUUCUGCUGGAACAAAUGAAAAUUCAACGAUAAAUCCUUUAUGUGUUAUGAUUCAUUAUAUCGAUGAAAAAAUAAGAAUGAGUCAAAUUCAUACUAAAGAAGAAGAUGUAACUAAACACGAUUCUGUUGUAACAUCGAAAGAAGCAGGAUCGGAAAAAGCAAUAAAACAAAGUACAGUGGCAUCGAAAGAAACGAUUUCUACAAAUAACGAACCCAAUUCAGACAAAAAUGAAAAAGUUAAGGAGGAAAAAGUAGCUGAUAAUUCAAAGAUAGUUAAUUCUGGCGCUAACCCUCCUAAAAAUGAUGGAACUAAAUCCAAUCCAGAAAAUCCAGGUAAUAAAACCACUGUCCCAAUUAACGAACAAACGAAUAAAGUUGAGGUACCACCAUUGGAGAAAGAAAAAGAAAAUAGUGAGACAGCUGUAGCUAAACCGGAUACUUUUGAUCAAACAAUGACAAAUAUAGAAGAAGAUAAUAAUCAACAUCCUGGAGGUGAUUUUCUUCCAGAAGAAGAGAGUGACCAGAUACAAAUAGAUGAAGAAGAUAAAAUGAAUGAUCAAGAUCCCUUAGUAAAGCCUGACGACAAAACAGAUGGUCUUCUAAUUCAUCAUAACAUUGAAAAAGAUGAUGAUGCACAUUUCUUUGGAUAUUUUACUGUUUUGGGGCUCCUUGGUAUCGGCGGUUGUCUUGCUUAUCAUCACAAACAAAAAAUAUUAGCAAUACUUCUGGAAGGACGAAGGUCACGAGGAGGACGAGGUCGAAGGAGACCCAGUACUGCAAGCUAUCGGAAACUGGAUUGCACUUUAGAAGAAGCUGUUACAUCUCAAUGUAACGCUAAUGUUACUCACGUUAUUUAUUAAAGCGUUUUUGUCACUGAUUGGCUCGACGUACAAUCACUUGUGCUUAACAAGAAUGUUUUCUCUCUCUUUUUCUGUGGUAAAGUAAACAAAUAUUUUUUUUUGCACGCAAUCAAUAAGUAUUUUUACAAUUCUUAUAGUAUCCAGAGGGUAUUUAUCGCCUUCCUGUUAUGUGAUUUUGCUAUUCUUAAAAUUAAUGAAAUUACAACAUAAAAACGACUGUAAAUAAUAAAACAUUUAUAUCUAUUAAACGAAUGAAUGAUUCUGAGAAUUUAAUAACAAACAAAGUGUAUGUAAUAACGAAUUGAAAUAUGAAAAUAUAUCUCUAAAACACGUUUUGCG